AAAAAAAGCGAUUGAGUUGUCACUUUAUCUUUUCGUCAAGAAUAAAAUAAAAAUAAAUUUAAACAAAGUUAAUGUAAAGGCAAAACAUUAUGAAUUUUUAAAAAUUAACAUUACAAUUGUGAUAAGUAAAGAAGCAUUUUUUUAGUAAUUUAAAAUGGGUAUAAGUGUAAGUAGAACAGAUGAUUUAUCUGAAAAUGAUUUUUUGAAAAAAUUUGUUGGAAAAGAUCAUAUACCACCAAAUAAUCAUGAAUUUUGGAAUAAUUUGCUGCAAUAUCACAUUAAUAAACCAGCAAACAGUGAGGAACAACUAACACUGGAUUCACGACUGGAAAGCCUAUGCCAACUGUUCAUUGUCAAUAAUUUAAAAACUGGGAACCUAGGGUCCUUGAUAACCAUUUUACUAAGCAAAGUAAAUGACUUAUUAUCUUUGUCAGAUCAGGAAAGUUCUAUUCAUGUAUGGCAAGCAUAUAAUGCAAUUUUCAUAAUAAGAUGUUUAAUUAAAUAUUUAAUUGAAACUGGAUCGGAAUAUCAAUUACUGCAACAUUUUGAGGCUUUACCUAAUUUGAAAGAUAUUAAAAUUCUUGAAAAAGAUUCUGAAAAUACGUCAAUUUCUAUUCCGGAUCAAACUCAAACAAACAAUUUGCACGAUGAGCAGCAACAAACUCAGGUUUUUGUUGACGGCACCAAAUUCGAAGCUUUUUUUGAAGCUAUUGUAAAUUUAAUAGUCACCAUACCAGUAAAGGAGUUCACCUAUCAUCUUCACCUUGAAUGUGUAAACACAAUCAUAACUUUACUUUCCGUUCAUUUGUUUUCCAAUCCACCUACCAAUAUAUCCAUAAUAUUUAAAAGGAUUUAUAAAUGUUUAAAUGCAAACGUUUUAAUGAGUGCUUUACUGCACUUUGUCUCUCGUAUGGUUGAAGUACCCCAAGCGUCUUUUGGAGUAUCCACUGGAAGUUCUUUUGUUUUUGGUAUUGCCGAAUCGUUAUUAUCAAUAUUUACUUUUCGUAAAAAUCAGGACACGUUGGCAGCAGCUACAAAUAGCACUGAACUAUCACAACAAUUUAGAGAUCAUUAUCCUUUGGCAAAUCAAAGUCUUUUGCUCAUUCUUAUUUUAACAAAUCAUUGCACGACGAAAGACAACCAAUAUCGUGCCAGUAUUUUCGGGUGUUGCGAUUCGAAAGAUUCACCAAAAGAAGGAGCAACUUUCAAAAUUGACUUUACAGCAUUAUAUAACACACUAUGCCGAAUUGUUACAAUUGAUCAAGCUACGCUAUUAUUAUAUUUACUUUUACACCGAAAUCAAAAGUUUUAUAGAUUUGUAAUGUCUCAACAUAAUCUACAGCAGUUGGUUAUACCAAUAUUGCAAACGUUAUAUAAUGCACCAGACAGUACAUCACAUCAUAUAUACAUGUCUUUGAUUGUUUUAUUGAUUUUAAGUGAAGACGAUGGAUUCAACAAAAAUAUCCAUCAAAUUAUAUUAAAAAAUAUAACAUGGUAUACAGAGAGAACUAUUUCUGAACUAACUCUUGGGGGUCUUUUAAUUUUAGUAGUUAUACGAACUAUACAAUAUAAUAUGCUGAAAAUGAGAGAUAAAUAUUUACAUACUAAUUGUUUAGCAGCGCUUGCGAAUAUGUCUGGGCAAUUUCGUUCUCUACAUCCAUAUGUAGCACAACGUUUGGUUAGUUUAUUUGAGACUUUAGCAAAAAAACACGCGAGACUGGACGCCCAGUUACAAGAACCAGCCAACGGCUCAGUUGCCGUUAAUGUUAACAAUACACCAGAUGAUAUGUUACAAGAUUUAAAUGUACUGGAAGAAGUGUUGCGAAUGGUUUUAGAAAUAAUCAACUCUUGUCUUUCGAAUCAAUUAGUUUAUUGCCCAAAUUUAGUUUACACAUUAUUAUAUAAAAGACAAGUAUUUGAAAAUUUUAGAAGUCAUCAUGCUUUUCAAGAUAUUAUACAAAAUAUUGAUAUGGUAGUGGGUUUUUUUUCAUCUCGUCUGCAACGUGUGCAGGAACAACGAGGCGAAUUGGGUGUUAAUGAAGUAUUGGAAGUGAUAUCAAAAGGUGCUAGCCAAUGGUCCAGUGAUCGUCUAAGAAAAUUUCCUGAUCUUAAAUUCAAGUACGUUGAAGAAGAUGCUCCAGAAGAAUUUUUUAUACCUUAUGUUUGGACAUUAGUAUGCAAAUAUGGAUGCGUUCAUUUUAAUUCAGAAAAUAUCAAAUGCGUAACAACAGAAAUAAACUGCUAAUAAAUGAGUUUGUAAUUAAAAAUUUCAAGUUUUGAUAUUAGUAUGUACUUCUUUUUUUGUUAGUUUUGCUGUCUUAACCUUUUUAUUUAAAACCUAUUAAAUAAGAACGAUAAAAAUAUUUUUACAAAUUAUAAUAUAUUCUUAUAACAUUUAAAAUAUUUAAUUUGCUGAAAUAAUGUAAAAAAACAAGUAUGUAACUGAAAUUAAACAAAAUUUCCCGAAAUUUAUAUUGACUUUAUUUUCGCCUUCAAUAUAAAUUUUAAUAUACUAUAUACUACAAAUUUAAACAUAAUUUCUUUAGAUAACCAUUUUAAACACGUAUUUUUAUUUUAAGUAAAUACUUUUUGAUUAAUAAUCAAUCUCUUAUUUAAAAAAACUGGCAACUUCCUAAAAUUAAAAUAAAAAAAUAAAGCAAGCAUUUUCUGCUUGGAAAAGUACUGGAAGUAUAUACAGUGGAAUAUGUUAUUUUUAAAGCUUAAAUACAAUAAAAAUUUCAUUAGAUAAAUUUUUUAAUCAUGGAACAAUUGCAAUACGGAA